AUGGAUUCUUCUGAAGAAGAAGAAAUAUCUUCUACAAAAUUAUUAACAAAUAAUAAAUAUUGUUUAGAAAAAACAUUGAAUUCAGUUGAAAAUAUUCAACAAACAUUUUCUGAAACAACGCCACUAUCUUUAAAGAACCAAUUAGAUCAGUCUUUAGAUAAUGAAGAGUACAAUUUGAAUUUAUUGUCUUGUGUUACUGAGUCUGAUGAUAAAGAGAAUUACAAAUCUCCUAGAUCAAGAAGAAUGUCGAUUCCUUAUGAAAUUAUGCAUAAUCAUGAAUGUUUACCAGGAAGUCAAUAUGAAAAUGAUCUGUGUUUUCCAAAUUCAAUCGAUCAUUAUGAUUUAUGCACAUUGAAUAAUGGUUUACAUUCACCAUGGCCAUCAAUUGAAGUAGAUCAACUAGCAAAUUGGUUAAUCGAGAUGAAAUCAAUGAUUUUAAGAAAAUCAUCUAUUAUUCCAAAGUCACUAUGUACAUUAUCACAUUCUCCUUCCACCGUCUCAUCAUCUUGUCCUUCUUCUUCUUCUUCAUCAUCUUCAUCUUCAGAAUUCAUUGAACCUAAUAAAGUACAGUUGAAGGAUGAAUAUAACGAAAGAUCCAAAUGUUGUUUACAAAACUUUCAUUGUAAACAUAAACUUCAUAAUCAACAAAAAAUUCUCACUUUACCCAAAUUUGAAAUGAAUCAAAAACCUUUCAUUAUUAUUGAUUGUCGUUAUCCAUAUGAAUAUAAUGCUGGACAUAUUUAUAGUGCUAUUAAUUUAUCAGAUUGGCCAAAUCUUUAUAAAUAUUUUUUUGGUAGAAAACAAUUUAUUAAAACUACUGAAAUUAAUUUAAGUAGUUUAUCAUCUUCAAUGGAAUUAUUUAUGAAACCAAAAUCAUCUCAUACUAUAUUUAUAUUAUAUUGUGAAUUUUCUACAAAACGUGCACCACAAUUAUUUUAUCUAUUACGUAAUUAUGAUAGAACAUUACAUUUUUAUUCAUAUCCUGCAUUAAAAUAUCCAUUAGUUUAUAUAUUACAUGGGGGUUAUUCAGCAUUUUAUAAAAAUUAUCCUUAUUUAUGUGAACCAUCUAAUUAUAUACAAAUGCAUAGUAGACCAGAUCUUUUAGGUAUUUGGCGUAAACAUUGUAAUCUAGUUAAUAGACAAGUAUAUCCUUAUAAAAAUGAUAAUGAAAUGUUAACCACACAUCAAUCAUUGAAUCGAAAUAUUAAAGAACCAUUUAAAAGUAUUACCAAUAUCUUUCAACAAGAAUAAAAUAGAAAAUAAAAUAAUUGAUUUCAUUUCACUGAAACUUAUUACCUUCCUUAUGCCAGUUACUCCUCAUGGAGGAGUAUAGUCCGCCCAUCAGCACUCUCCAUCCAACCUUGUCCUGGGCAAUCCUUUCCAGCUAUUUCCAGUGACUAUUCAUCCUUUUCAUGUCUUUUUCCGAUUUCUAUAUUCUUCAACUGUCUUCUUCUUCUUCCUCUUCUUCUUAUUUGUUUUCCUUCACGAUUCCAUGUUAUUGCUUGUUUCAUGAUGUAGUUCAAAUUCAGUGCAAUACUACUUACUUGUUAUUUAUUUAUUUCAUAAUUAUUUCCAACUCAUUUCUUCUCUUC